CGCGUGCGCGGCGCCGCCGUCUGUGGGUUGGCUGGUUAUUUUGCAAGCGGGAGGGGCUGUGCGCGCUCUCUGUCUUCGGUCUCUGUCCCCCCACCCCCCCUUUCCCCGGUCUGGGUCUCUCCUUCGGAAAGAUGUCGGACACGGCAGUAGCUGACACUCGGCGCCUUAACUCGAAGCCGCAGGACCUGACCGACGCUUACGGGCCUCCGAGUAACUUCCUGGAGAUCGACAUCUUUAAUCCACAGACGGUGGGCGUGGGCCGCGCGCGCUUCACCACCUAUGAGGUUCGCAUGCGGACAAACCUACCUAUCUUCAAACUAAAGGAGUCCUGUGUACGACGGCGCUACAGUGACUUUGAAUGGCUAAAAAAUGAGCUGGAGCGAGAUAGUAAGAUUGUAGUACCACCACUCCCUGGGAAAGCCUUGAAGCGGCAGCUCCCUUUCCGAGGAGACGAAGGGAUCUUUGAGGAGUCUUUUAUUGAAGAAAGGAGGCAGGGCCUGGAACAGUUUAUUAACAAAAUUGCUGGGCACCCACUGGCUCAGAAUGAACGCUGCCUACACAUGUUCCUGCAGGAGGAGGCAAUUGACAGGAACUACGUCCCUGGGAAGGUGUUCAAAACUGUUUGAGCCAACCAUCCCCUCCGUCGCCUGAUUUCACCGCUCGCUUUUCCUAGACUCAUCAGCUCCAGAACGACUGCAGCAAAUACAUCGGCCAUCUCAGCUGGAUUAGAGCCAGUGCCCUUUCUUUCUCAGUGUCAGUGGACCUGACCUCGUUGCUUUAUUCCUUUACCCCAAUUAUUUUUAAUUACACUAGUACAGUCUCCUUGAUGUGUGGGGGGAAGCCCUCAAAACAUUACACAAAAAUGGUGCUAAAGUACACGUUGGCCAUUACCCACAACCCUAGUCCUCUUACCCUUCCCAAAGGUAGCCACUAUCAACUGUUUUGUAUAUCCUUGUAGUUUUCCAACUCUUUUUAAAAGACAAUGUGUUUUUGUCUAUUUGUACAAAAAGUAUACCAUACUGUACAUAUCCUGAAAGUUUUUCAUUCAAUGUUUUUGAAACAUUUUAAUUUCACUAAUAUCAAGAUUUACUUCAUUAAAAAAAAUGCCAUAGAAUUGGAGAAGGAAAUGGCAAUCUAUUCCGGUAUUUUUUGCUUGGAAAAUUCCAUGGACAGAGGAGCUUGGUGGGCUGCAGUCCAUGGGGUUGCAAAGAGUUGGACAGGACUGAGCAACUGACCAUACACAAACAUGCCAUAGAACAGCUAUUAAAUGGUUUAUUUAACCAUUCCUUAUUGAUAUGGCUUUUACAAGGAGCCCUGCUAUGAACAUUUCCUGACUUGACAUUUUUGUCAGAGUUUCUCUAGGAAAGUGGUUUUCAAACUUUUUAAUGUCAGGACCCUCUACACUUCUAAGAGAAUUUGUUUAUGUGGGUUUAUAUCUAUCACUAUUCAAUGUAUUAGAAAUUACAAAGUGAUAAUUUUAAAAUAGUCAUUAAAAAUAACAGCAAUAAACUACAUGUUAAAUGAUAUUUGUACAUGAAAAAUUACUUUUGCAAAGCCAAAAAACAGUAAAAUUGUGCUACAUUUUUUGCAAGUCUCUUAAAUAGGAUUAAUAGGAAACAUACGGAUUCUAAUAUCUGCUUCUGUAUUUGAUCUACUAUGAUGUUUUGGUUGAAGUAUAUCACACAGGUGUAAUUAGAAAAAUGAGCAGUAUUUUAAUAGCCUUUUCAAAUAAUUGUGUAUAUUGUUUAAUAUUACAUCAAUCCUUAACAAGUGGUAGUUUCUUAAAGAUUACUUUUUAAAAGAUUACUUUUAAUGUGGAUUUUGAAACUGUAUUAGUAAACUUUUCAUAUUUUGUUACAUUAAAACCCAUGUCUACCUUGUACUUUAAUAGAUCUUUUACUGGGUGCAUGAUUUUAUAACAUGUAUUGGCAGUUUGGAAAGUGUUGUUUUCACUGUUACACAGAUCUUUCAAAUGUUGACACAGUUCAUUAUACAGUGCCAAAAAAGUCACAUUCAUUAAUAUCACCACUGCUCUCAUCAGAAGUCUUUAAGUAUUGAAAAGCUGCCAAACCUAUCUAUGGUGGAGGUGUAAGUUUUCAAAAAUUCUACUUUUUGCUCGAAAGCUCAGAUUCUGUCAGUUUUUCUUGAAGCAACAGGCUCAUUUUGUCCAUUUCGAGAAAACGCCUGCCAAGAACCCAAGUCUGAAUAUCCAUGGUUUAUCUGUCAGUUGUUAUUUCAAGAAAAAUGGUGUUUCAUUUAAAAAGUGACUAGUUCAGCUCACAACUCAGUUUCACAAGUGCUCUUCCUUGGCACAACCCAACUUGAGUAUGCAACAGAAAUACUUUAUCUGUACUUCCUGUUUUGUUAUACAAAAUAUUAAACCAUGUACUCAACAAUG